AGAUAGUGGUUUAAUCUUUAUCUAAAUGUUGAUAUUUUAAUAUUGUAACCUUCCGAGCCAUUCAAUUUAUUGUUUCUGGUGAAUCUUUUGAAUUUUCAGAUUGUGCACCGCACUCUGGCAGCCAUGCUGGGAUCGUUGGCAGCCUUAGCUGCCCUGGCUGUCAUUGGUGAUCGGCCCAGUCUGGUUACUGUGGUAGAGUGGAUCGACUAUGAGACGCUGGCUCUCCUGUUUGGCAUGAUGGUACUGGUGGCCAUAUUUUCAGAGACUGGCUUCUUUGAUUAUUGUGCUGUGAAGGCUUACCAGUUAGCCAGAGGAAGAGUGUGGCCAAUGAUCUUCAUCCUCUGUCUCAUCGCUGCCAUUCUCUCUGCUUUUCUGGACAAUGUGACCACUAUGAUGCUUUUCACCCCUGUCACCAUAAGGUUGUGUGAGGUGCUUAAUCUAGACCCCAGACAUGUCCUGAUUGCAGAAGUAAUCUUCACCAACAUUGGAGGGGCUGCCACAGCUGUCGGAGAUCCACCCAAUGUGAUUAUAGUAUCAAAUCAGGACCUGCGCAAAGAAGGGAUUGAUUUUGCCAGUUUCACAGGCUACAUGUUCCUUGGAAUAUGCCUCGUCCUUUUCACCUCCUUUCCGUUCCUGCGGAUGCUCUACUGGAACAAAAAACUCUAUAACAAAGAGUCGAUUGAAAUAGUUGAACUCAAGCACGAGAUCCUGGUUUGGAGGCAGACAGCUCAGCGCAUUAACCCCGCUAGCCGAGAGGAGACAGCUGUGAAAUGCCUCCUGAUGCAAAAAGUCCUCAACCUGGAAAGUCUGCUCCGCAAGAUGAUGAAAACCUUCCAUAGCCAAAUUUCUCAAGAGGAUAAGAACUGGGAGCAAAACAUUCAAGAAUUACAAAAGAAGCACAGAAUAACUGACAAGGUCCUCUUAGUGAAGUGUGUGUCCGUCCUUGGUGUGGUGAUCUUCAUGUUUUUUCUCAACUCCUUCGUUCCCAGCAUUCAUCUUGAUCUCGGUUGGAUUGCUAUCCUGGGUGCACUGUGGCUUUUGGUUCUGGCCGACCUCCAGGAUUUCGAGAUCAUCCUGCACCGGGUGGAGUGGGCCACAUUGCUGUUCUUUGCUGGCCUCUUCGUUUUGAUGGAGGCUUUAGCCCAGCUGCAGCUUAUCGACUAUGUUGGAGAACAGACAGCGCUGCUUAUAAAAGCGGUGCCAGAAGACCAGCGAUUGGCUAUAGCCAUUAUCUUGGUGAUGUGGGUCUCAGCUCUGGCCUCUUCUCUCAUUGACAACAUUCCCUUCACUGCAACCAUG